CAGACAAUCAGCGGCUGCCGACUUGUUCGACUAUACAGGAUCCAGCGAAAGAUCAAGAAAAGUCCACAACAACGGAAAGCAGCGGCGGCUUCUUGCUGGAAUUUUCGGCACGACCCUCUGUUACAGAUCCUUUGCAAACAAAGACAAAGAAAAGUCUGACCGCACGGUAUAUUUCCAGGGGACGACUCGAAAAAAACGUCACUAGCUCUCAGUUGAGCAAUGAAUUGUCUACAGGAUGCUGCGGUCGCAAGUAUCAUGCCAUUCACAGAAAGGGUCACAGUACGGCUUUGAUAUUGAUUACUACGCGCACUCAAUUAGAUAGUGUACAACCGAAGGAAGACUUUGCAUUUUUUUUUUGAGACCGGCACGCUCUGAGGCCUAAAACGCGAAACACGAC